AUACAUGCUUGACUUCUAUCAGUAUGACUUUGAGCAAGGUUCUAUACUUCCCUGCUUCAGACGUUUAGAAUUUCAUCUGUAAAAUGGCAAAACCAACUUUGUGGGGUUGUUUGGAAGACUGAGUUAACACAUGUGAAGCAGAUCCAGUAUUGGGCACAGAAGAGCUCUCCACAAAUGGCUGGCUAUGAGCAUGGCUUUGUGAACUUGAGAGGCCUUAUCCUGGUUGCAUUUCUCAUUCAAUCUUAGUCUGCCUGUGCCCGUCUUUCUAGGCUCCAGGGAAAUUUUUUUUUUUUUUUUAAGAUUUUAUUUAUUUGACAGUGAGAGAGGGAACACAAGCAGGGGGAGUGGGAGAAGCAGGCUUCCCGUGGAGCAGGGAGCCUAAUGCGGGACUUGAUCCCAGGACCCUGGGAUCAUGACCUGAGCCGAAGGCAGACGCUUAACAACUCAGCCACCCAGUGCCCCUCCAGGGAAAUAUCUUUAACAGCAGACAAAAUUCUACCAACGGGCUUGUACUGCGAUUAAUAGGCUGGGAAUCAGUGGUUGAUUGGGGCCCAUAUUCUGUUUGCUGUUACUUGUGGGUGGCUUCCCCUCAGGCCUCCAGUCAGCGAAGUCAACUUCCAAGGCCAGAAGGGCUCCUCCCAGGGGCGGGGAAACCAGCUGGGGCGUGUAAACAACCGCCAGGGUUUUGCUGAAAUGAAAGUGGAAGUGUAUCUUAGACCCAGCUUGGAGAGGACAAAGACACCUCGGAAGGUAGAAGCAAGAGUUUAGUUAUAGGGGACACUGUCUCUUUGUGCCCAGCUCUGAAGCCUCAGCUCUUGUCAACCGGACCCCAGGCCCAUGUCAGUGAUGUAUGGUGAUGCCACCCUCGAUGCCCUCCGGGAGGAGCAGGCCGGACUGAAGAGCAGGCUGCAGGAGCUGCAGCGGCGGCGGAGGGAGCUCAGGGCCCUACCCUACGACCAGGUCCCAUUCCAGGCACCUGCGGUCCCUCUGGUGUUCCGAGGACACACUCAGCAGGGCCAGGAAGCGCCCAAGUGGUUGGUCUCCAAAGUGCGGAUCGGCUACCCUCUGUCUGGAGGCUCUGCUCUGGUCACCUUCAAUGACCCCAAGGGUGAGUCCUCUGAGAGAGGCCCCGGGAGGGAGGCUGGGAGGCUUCCCGGCACUGACCAUGCUCCCCCCACCCCGGGGCGCCCCCCUCCAGUGGCCCAGAGGGUGUUGCAACAAAAGGAGCAUGAGAUCCACAUAGAGGAAUGCCGGCUGCGGGUGCAAGUGCGGGCUCUGGAGCUGCCCGUGGUGACCACCAUACAGGUGUCCACUCAGGUGAGCAGGCGCAGCGUGCUGGUCAGUGGGUUUCCUGCCGGGCUCAGGCUGGGUGAGGAGGAGCUGCUGGACAAGCUGGAGAUCUUCUUUGGCAAGACCAGGAACGGGGGUGGUGACGUGGAGUCUCGGGAGCUGCUGCGAGGGGGCGUCGUGCUGGGUUUCACUGAGGGCGCAGUGGCCCAGUACUUGUGCCGGGUUGGCCAGUUCACAGUGCCACUGGGCGAGUGUAAGUGCCCUGUGAGAGUCUCCCCCUACCUCAGUGGGGAGAUCCAGAAGGCCGAGGUAAGUGGGAAGGUUACUCGGGGGCUGGGCCGGGCGCCUGCCUGCCUGCCUGCCGGAAACUUGCCCAAGGAUCAGAGUCCCCGAACCCCUCUGCCCUCCCCCUUGCCAGCCUCUCUGGCCUCCUCGCCCCUUCCCUACCCCCAGGGGUACCACCUGCCCCCAGUCCCUGACUCCCAGGAGCCUUUGCCCAUCCCCUGGCUCCUUUUCCAGAUCGCGUUCCGGCCGGUGCCCCAGUCAGUGCUGGUGCUCAACAUUCCUGAUGUCCUGGAUGGCUCGCAGCUGCAGGACAUCCUGGAGACCCACUUCCAGAAGCCCUCCCGCGGAGGUGGGGAGGUGGAGGCCCUGAGAGUCGUGCCCCCCGGACAGCGGGGCCUGGCGGUCUUCACCGCCACCUCGGGCUAAGAGCCUGCCCUCCUCGGCGCCCGCACCCAUCUGCCAAGCCUCUCGAACCAGGCUGCCCAAGAACAAUAAAAGUGGCGUGAUCUUCUCA